UGAAACUUAAUCGCGAGCCAAUAUUUCGUGAAUGUGUGUUCUCGCCCAAGAUGACUCAUCAUCGCCGGAUAUUUUCCUGUCUUGCCGACUUUCCUUGGCAUUCCUGUCGUAGUAACUAGUCUCACCAGAUGAGAGAAAUGCCGGAGAAGCUGUGACGACUUCUGUACAAGAUAUAAUCAGGAUUUAUAGAGGAUUUUACACUACCGUGCUUCCCAGUCUGUGGAGUGCGAGUGUUUCAGUCCUUGAGAUCUACGGCGUGCUGCUGUGAACCACGCUCAGUUUCCCCGAGACUGCCCCGACGAUUGACCUGCUCUGCGUGGCUGCUCAACUUAAAAUACUGUGCAUGUGUAAUAAGACUGAGGACUUCUGCUCAGCUCAGCUCAGUGAAGUGAAGUGGCUGUAGUGUAUCUCAAAUCAAAGUUGAACACCACAAGAUUGCCCGUUUACAGCCGUGCUGACUUGUUUGAUUUAUUCUUGCAGGAGUUUAUUUUGGAUUUCUAUGUCAUUUCAAAUAUUGGCCUUCAUGUUUGUGUGAUUUCUAACCAUAGACUAAUUCAAGGCUAGGCUUUUGACAUUGAAUUAAUUCUGCUUUUGUCAGUUUUGACAUGUUUGUUAACCGAAUCAUGUCAUGUUGUUAGACUGGUGUCAAAGUGAUACAGCGAGAAGGUGCUAAAGAAAGUUAGAGGUCUAUCUGCGAGCUGUAGAUAGACCUUACAUUACUUAUACUUGAUGAGGAUACAUGUGAAAAGAUGUCGACCAUUGCAUCUUUAGAGGAAUUCAUGGGACACCCACUUGUCGUUUGGGUGCAGACUUUCAAAGAUGGGAACCAAUUGGAUUAUAUGGAGCUGGUAGAUGGAGUUCUACUUAAUGAUGCCUUUGCUCAGAUUGACACCAGGCCAUCAUCCCUGAGGGUCAAUGGGGAGGUCAAUGGUGAUAUCAAUCUACGCAUACAGAACCUGGAUUCCUUGAUGAAGAAAAUCAAGUCAUUCUAUCUGGAAAUGCUUGACCAGCUGAUUGUGAUGAAGCUGCCCAACAUCUUGACCAUCGCCAAGGAGCCGCUGACCGAGGAGGCUCUGAGGGAGGUCCACAAGGUGUUGCUUCUCAUGCUGGGAUGCGUCGUCCAGUGCGAGCAGAAGGAACUCUUCAUCGAAAGAAUCAAGCUGCUGGAUCUGGAUGUGCAGCAGGAGAUCGUUCUUCACAUUCAGGAGGUGACGGAUAAUUCAGAGAAUGUGUUCAACCUGGAGCUAGGUGAGCUGAGUGAUCUAGACCAGGCCCAGAAAGAGAUAGUCUCUAAGAACAUGAUCAACCAUCUACGCAGACUGGCAUCGGAGAGAGAUGACUAUUCAGAGACCAUCAUGGAGCUGAGUCAAGAGAAGGAGUUCCUCCAAUCCCAGGCGGACGGGCGCGUCCUCUCCCCCUCCCCGUCCCUGACGAGCCCCGGGACGGACAAGCGGCAUGUGACCGUGGAGCUGGCCGAGUCCAAGGCCAAGCUGCGGAGGAUGAGGCAGGAGCUGGAGGAGAAGAAUGAGAUGGUGCUGGAGUACAAAGAGGAGGUGGAGAAGUACAACACGACACUGCAGAAGUUACGGCAAGAGAAUCUUGAGCUGACACAAGAUGCACGUUCAGCCAGGGCCUACAGGGAUGAGCUGGAUGUGUGGAAGGAGAAGGCCAGCAAAGCAGAGAAGUAUGAGAACGAGAUCGCCAAGUACAGGGAGAAACUCAAUGAGCUGGAGUACCUCAAGAAAAGAGUGGAGGAAUUAAAAGAAGACAACCAGGUCCUUGUUGAGACCAAGUCCCUGCUUGAGGAGCAGGUCACCACUGCCAAUGACAAGCUGGAACGGGGCCACUUAGCAGAGGCAGAGUGCCUCAGGUCCAAGGCUCAGAUGGAGACCAUGGAGGAGGAGAGGGACAUGGACAGAGGUAGGAUAGCAGAGCUGGCCGAGGAGGUAGCCAGGCUGAGCUCAGACCAUAAGCAGAGUCUCAACGAGUCGGCCAGUCUGGGUGUGGAGCUGGAGAAGGCUAAGCUCAACACUUCAGCUGCUACCUCCUUGUCAGCAGAGUGCAAUGACAGUGCUUCAAGUAAAGUGCACAAAUUAGAGAAUGAAUGUCAGAGACUCCAGCGGGAGAUGGAAGCAAUGAGAGAGUCUGCUGGGUUGGAAGCCCAGACUCGGCUCCUGGAGGUGGAGAAAGAGAACCAGAGACUCAGCAGGAAGCUGGAGAAGGUGCAACAGGCCAGCUCCAAGGAGAUGACCGGUCAUCUUGAGAUUGAACAGGAUAACAGUGUCCUCAAGAGAGAGAAGAAGGCUCUGGAUGACACCAUCAUGACCAUCAAGGAGAACUCUGAGAGGUACCAGAAGGAAUGGGAUACAGAGAAAGAACAAUUGGAAAGGACGAUAGAAACCCUGAGGGAGAGGAAUAAGAAGGAUGUAGACCAGAGGAUACAGGAUGUAGAAAAAGAGAAUAGGAAAUUAUUAGAGGACAUGAUGGAUAAUCAGAGUAAACUGUCCAAAGCAGAACACGAGACAAAGCAAUUACGGAAAUCUUUGGAGAGAUUGAAAGACAGGACGGAUAGGGUUGAGGAGUUGGAGAAGAGCAGUGAGGCUCUGGAGUUGGAGAAGGAGAAACUGUUGAGGAAUGUUGAAAUGCUCAAGUUGAUGUGUGAAAAGUUUGAUGAGGUUGAGAAGAGCAAUACAGAGCUGGAGGUGGAGACCAGCAAGUUGACCCGGGCGCUGGAGUCUUCCAAAGUCCGCGUCCAGCGGUUGGAGCAUUGCGAGAACGAGAACGUGAGGUUAAAAGCGGACACGCAGACCCUGCAGAGGUCGCUGGAUGCGAUGAAAGGCAUGGCGACCAGGAUCACGGAGAUGGAGCAUUACAAGGAGGAGUGUGAGAGGGAGAACAGGCAGCUGCAGAAGAUGGUGGAAGGGAUCAAGACGGUGCAGGACAAGGUGGGACAGCUAGAGGUGGACAACAUGAAGCUGGGUAACGAGAAGAGGAAGGUGGAGAAGGUGGCGGAGCUCAACAAGGAUACGAUACACAAGCUAGAGAGAGAUAACCAGGACCUGGAGAGAGAGGUGGAGAGAUUGAAGAAACAAAUUGAAGCUCUCAGUCUCUCUGAGAAGCGCUUGGAGGAGCUGGAGAAAGACAGCAAGACCCUGGAGCUGGACCAAGAGACACUCACCAAGGAGAAGCAUAACCUGGAGAAGGAGGUCAAGCGGCUGCGUGGCCUGAUGGAGUCCAGGGACCAGCAGCUGGACAAGGCCCAUGCCAGGAUCGGCAGCCUGGAGCAGGACAAUAAGCUCCUGCAGAAGACCGUUGGCAAGAACAAGGGAUCCGGAGACAGGGCCAAGGAGCUGGAGAAGGAGAACAAGGAGCUACUUAAACAAUCUACGAUCGAGAAAAAGACACUUGCCACACUCAGGGAGGAACUUGUAAAUGAAAAGAUCAAGACCCAGCAGCUGAGUAAUGACCUGGAGAAGCUAACCUCAGAACUGGAUCGCAUAGGAUUGGACAAGGAGAAGUUACUCCAACGAGAGCUUACUGCAGAUGAAAGCCGAUACAAAGACUUGGAAAGCCGAAUGGAAGAUUCAUUGAAAAAGAGCAGGGACAUCAAAGAUGACAAGAUCAACACUUUAGAAACAAAGCUGCAAUCCAGUUUGAGCAAGAAUCAACAACUGACAGAUGAGCUGAAGAACAUCAAAAUGGAUAAUGCAAUUGUCAAAGAACAACUGGUGCAGGAGACUAGCAGUGCCAAAUCCCCAUCUUCCAACACCACACAUGAAGUCAAAGUCAAACGAUCUGACAGUGACAGAAUGCAGGCGAAACAGAUCAUGCAGAUGAAAGAUCACUUAGUAGAGGUUGAAAGAAAGAAUGCCACCUUCCUUGCCGAAAACACCAACAUGCAGACCCAGGUUCAGAACCUUGAGAAGCAGUCCGAGACGAUGAGGUCAGACUGCAGGUCGUUCCAGAACAAGGUGGAAUCCUUGCAGGAUCAGAACAUGUCAUUACAAGCACAGAAUGCCAAGUUACAGGUGGAGCAUUCCACCAUCUCAGCCCAGAUGUCUUCAGUGCAAUCCAAAUUCAACACCCAGGAGACUGACUACGAGAAACUCAAAGACCGCUUCGAGGAGCUAAGUGCCAACCACGAGGCCCUGCUCAACGACCAUGAGAACCUGGUGCAGCUCCAUGAGACACUGUCCACAGAGUACGAGUCUCUGGACUCUGAGCACGGCACUCUGAAGUCACACUACAGGCAUCUCAAGGGAGAGCUGCAGGAUGUACAACAUAAGUGCCAGGAGACUGAGAAGAGGUACAAGGACCUGGAGACCCUGAAGGUCUCCCUCAAGGAGGAGGAGGCCAAGUUCCGCCGGCUCAAGUCCGAGUCCCAGAGCGUCGAGUCCCUGCAGAAGGAGUACAACAUCCUCCAGGAGAAGCACAUUCGCAUGGACAAGGAGUAUCAGAGGGUGGAGGAGGAACUCAAAACCUCGAAGGGUUCGCAGAGAACACAAACCUUGAACCAGACCAACAUGCAAGGUCAGCUCUCUGAAUCAAGAGACCAGUGUCAGUCAUUGGAGAUGGAGAGAGCUAAACUAGAACAUAGAUGUGAGAUGUUGUAUCAGUUGAAUGCCAAUCUUGAGGAGGAGAACCGUAAGCUGAUGGAGCAGCUGAGCCAGCUCAUGGCUCAGAACUCUGAGCUUCUCGUCAACACCCUGGAGACCAAGGAGUUCCACCAUGAGGAGUCAAGGCAACUCGAGGAUCAGCUACACAACAUGAGACGUCAGAAGGAAAAGCUGGAAAACAAGAUCAUGGAGCAGUAUAAGAGUUACAUAUCUCCAUCAAAGAAGAGCAGAGGAGGUGGACUGAACUUUAAAUUUAUGAAAAGAAUCUACAAGGGCAAGACAAGAGACAAGGAGAGAGAGAAGAGGAGAACGUUGGAUGGAGACAACCAUCUAGAUGUAGCCCAGGACAGCCUGGGGGAGGCAUCGUCCAUCGGCUCUGGUAUCGAUUCCCUGGAUGGAUCAGUAGUCAUGGAGAGCAACAAAAAAUUAUUAGACGAUAGGAGAUCAAGCUUGGAUAGCAACAACUCGGUGGUGAGGAGAAAGAGAGACAGCUUUACGUCAUCAGCCGCCAAUCGACAAUCCAUGCCUUCUCAUGUAUUAGAGGGAAAUUCAGAUUCAAUGCCUAAAGGAGCAUUCAGCAUCUCAAGUGAGGACCUGCGCAUGUCCCGUGACUCCCUGGACAAGGGCAUGAUGCCCAGUGUCAGUACCCCUAUGCUGCACAACGACACACAAUCACAGGACAGCCAAUCAGACAGAGCUCAUCGUCGGAGCAGUCGCCUGUACUCUGUGGAGGAGAGUCCUCCUUCCAGUGUCUCUCCUUCAUCUGUCUCCAACAGUUUCAGCUACACUGAGUCUGAAAUAAGAAGAGGAACACUGAGGACUUCUCAGAGCAGCGGUGCUCUCAACACCAGCUGUAACAACCAAUCACCGUCCACCUCGGCCGUUCCAACAGCCACCAAUGGGAGACCCCAAUACACCUCGACGCCAACAAACUCUGCCCAGAAUAUAUCUCCACCGUCCAAGUCCCCUCGAUCACCACCGACGGGUGGAAGCGAAAUUCUAGACGAAGACAGUGGAAGCCAUUAUGUGAAGAACCCUCAGAGAGGAGAGAAGAUGAGACAGAGAUCGGGUGCCGUCGGGAUGUUGUCCAGGAUAAAGAGUCGUUCGCGGGAAAUCCUGACGGACCUUCGGGCGGGGUCGAUGGAGAACCUCAAUGACAUCUCCCGGGAUGGCGAUGGAAACAUCAAACACCCUCCAGCAACUGAGACUGAUGGCCCUAUCGCCAUGGCGCCCCACAAGUCCUACGGGUCGGAGGACUCCAUCGAGGCGACCGUAUCGCGGGAUCUCCAUUCCGUCAACGACAGCAGCAAACGGACCGUGAAGGACGUGGAGUUUGAAGUCCUGGACGACGAGGAAGAGGAGAUCGUCACUGUCCGAUCACCAAAGCGAGAAAGACCGCCUGGCCCUGGUAAGGGGGGUUUGGGGUCCGCUGCAUACACGGCACGGCCAUACGCCAAGCAGCAAUCCCGAGAGGAUAACAAGACAUCUGCAUCAUAUGCCUUACCACCAGAGGCCGGUUCUAAGGUGAUUAAGCCAAAGCCACACUAUCCCGAUGGAGCGCCCAUCAAACCUAAGUCGAUCCCCAUGGACAAUGCAGCGAGGGAAAUGAGCAAGUCUAGCGAACAAUUGAGCCCCAGAGGAAAAGACAUGUUGACCAAAGAGAACCUAGCAAACCUUGAGGCCAGGUUACGUCUUGUCAACAUAGCUGGAUCACCAGAGUCAAGCCCUUCCAAUGUUAGAAAAUCGCCGGCUAAAACGGCUGGCAAUGCAGAGGCGAAGGGUCCCAGCGGGAAACCACCCGUACCCCUUCCAAAGUCCAGACCUGUCUCUGCCACUGAGAAGACUCUUAAAGCAAAACCAACACCACCAACAUCAUCAUCAUCUAAACCAGAAGAUGGGGAAACAGACCCUCCUAAAAAGAACUCAGUCUGGUAUGAAUAUGGAUGUGUCUGAGUGUAUUCAAAUAAGAUAGAUAUAUAAAUUAGCUUCAUGAUGAUCUAGUGUUAUGUAGGUGGCCUAAAGACAUGUGUUUCUGUGCUGUUUCGUGAAAAUGCACUUUAUUACCAGUGUGGGAGGUUGUAAAUAGACAAAGGAAAAUAGAUAAAAGCUAUUUAAAAGUAUUAAUGAUUGUUAUUGUGAAAUGUGCAAACAACUCUUUUACAGUAAAGUAAAAUUUGAUAAUGAUUUCUUGUAAUUGUCAAACUUUGGACACAUGUAUCAUUCGAUGGAUCACGGUAUUCAGAUUUUCUCUCAUUCACAAGUUAGUAUUACGGUCUUCUAUGGUCAAAUCUAUCUCACACAACAGUUUGAAAAUCAUUCACAGUAAAUAUUUUUUUUUUUUUAAUUAUGUGCCCUACAGAAGGGUGCUGAGAGAAUCACUCUUGUGUGAGGAAUUUCUCUGCAGACGUCCUUCUGCCAGACACCUUUUUUCAAUGAUAUACAUGUACCAUAUACCAUCUAGUGAGAGUCAGAAAGGUGUAAGUACAUGAGUUACCAUCCUUCUGGCUCUCAGCAGAUCAUAUGUACAUAUUUUGUUGCUUACACCAGAGAGUAAUUAUUACCACUAAGUAUCAUAACCAGAACCAAUGUCUUCAAAUAUGAUUCAUUCCCCUAUGUGGACCCAAUUCAUUAGAUAUAUGUAUAUCCAUUCAAAUGCCAAGGAUUUGGUCUUAGAAUUCAAUACCUGUAUGUCAUUCAGUUCCAAUCAUUUGUAUUCGGUUUCAUUUUAUAACCGAUUCCAUUUAUCUUUCCUCAACUUGGUUGGAGACAAUAUAAGACUUGUUCACCAAUGAUGUGAUAAACUUCCAUGAAAAAGUCAAUUCUAUUUAAGGGUGAGAAAAAGUGAGUGUAGCAAAGGCCUCCUAAAAGCGUACUCCUCUGUUGGUUGUUAUGAGAUACAGAAAUGUGAGUCACAUUCUGCUUGUGUCAUUCUAUUCUAAUGCAGCAUUUUUUUUAAUUUUGGCAGUUAAUAAGUCAUACGAGAAAGGGGGUCUAUGUUUCUAUUGCAUCCCUUUGUAAUGGGUUUCAUCAUUAAUUCAUUUGUCUUCGUAUUCAAUACCUUGUAAUCAGUUGGUGAGAUUUUUCUUUUUCAUUUUACACAAUAUCAAGAGGAUUUUAACCAGAAUAUAUGCCUGCACCCAGGGAUAAAGGUUUGACAUGGGCAUAUUAUAUUGCAUGAUGCAUUACAGACUAAAUAGAUCUUGGUAUAUACUGUAGCUCUUGAGUGAGAGUAGCAUGGUGCAAAACACCCUUAAAUCAAACCAAGUGAAAAUAGUAUAGCGUUGGUUUGGAGACAGAAGGGCGUCAACUCAUAUUCAUUUACACACAGUUAAAGCCUUUCUGGCUCCAAACAGACGAUAUUUGUAUUUGAGAUGUGUAUCUGUAUAAAGAAGAAAUGAUACUAAUUAAAUUGUUAUUUAGGAGUUGGUUUUUGU